CUUAGCGGGCAGGGUUUGAAUCUUCUUGUGAGGGAAAGAGAAGCCGAGAUACGUACGAUCAGGUCGAAAGGACGGUCAACAGCUGUGGAAAUUUACUAUUUUUGUGGUCCUAAGCACAUCGUAUUUUGUGGUAAGUGAGAGAAAAUCGUGGCAGACUAGCAGAGAAGCAGCAGCACGCGCCGUUGCUGUUGGCACAACUUUUGGCUACAUUGAAGCUGUUGGGGUUACAAUAAAUGAUCAAGUGGAAAUGUCUCAAAACCAGUUCUAUGAGGCAGCAGCUCCUCAGUUUUACACAUCAGCCAGUGUGCCUGUUCAUGCUUCCCAUCAUGUCGAUCAUCGAUUACGACCCGCACAUUCUCAGCUCUACCAGCAGGUUGCAUUUACAAAUCAAAAACAAGAGAAACAUCAUGAAACAAGAGAAAAACAAGAAAGCCAGGAGUUAGGUGCUUCGUCUGCAGCCAGUGGAUCUCAAGAGUCUCACACUUAUGAUCGUCCUAUAAGAAAAUUGACAACCGAGCUCAUCAAAACAUAUAAACAAAUUAAUGAGAAUUACUAUGCACGAAAGCGACAGCGAGAAACGGAAGAGACGAGUGCGAGCAAAAAGGCGGCACCAAAGGUUGGAUAUGAUGAUGAGAACUACGACUACAUUGUGAGGAAUGGAGAGAAAUGGUGUGAUCGAUAUGAAAUUGAGUGUCUCAUUGGCAAGGGAUCAUUUGGACAGGUUGUGAAAGCUUAUGACACACAUGAGAAAGAACAUGUUGCUAUUAAAGUCAUCAAGAACAAGAAGCCAUUUCUAAAUCAAGCGAGAAUAGAGGUUAAACUGUUGGAAUUGAUUCAAAAGUAUGACACAGAGGGAAAAUAUUAUGUUGUUCGUCUGCGUCGUCAUUUUAUGUUUCGGCAUCAUCUCUGUCUUGUAUUUGAUCUUCUUUCCUAUAACCUUUAUGAUCUCUUGAGGAAUACGAACUUUCGUGGCAUCUCUCUUAGUCUUACUCGCAAGUUUGCACAGCAGCUUUGCACUGCACUGCUUUUUCUCUCAUCUCCUGAACUGAACAUAAUACAUUGUGACUUGAAACCAGAGAACAUACUUCUUUGCACUCCAAAACGGAGUGCAAUUAAGAUAGUGGAUUUUGGCAGUUCAUGUCAACUUGGCAGUAGAAUUUACCAAUACAUUCAAAGUCGAUUUUAUCGUUCACCUGAAAUUCUUAUUGGUGUGAGUUACGACAUGGCUAUUGACAUGUGGAGUCUUGGUUGCAUUUUAGUUGAAAUGCACACUGGAGAGCCUUUGUUUAGUGGAGCUAAUGAGGUGGACCAAAUGUACAAAAUUGUGGAAGUUCUGGGCAUUCCUUCUGCAUCAUUUCUUGAUCCCGGCACGAAGACGAGGAAGUUCUUUGAAAAGAACGCUGAUGGCAGCUACUCAUUGAAGAGACAAAGAGAUGCACGACGUGAGUACAAACCACCAGGUUCUCGUCAUUUGCAUGAUAUUUUAGGUUGUGAGUCAGGAGGUCCAAAUGGACGUCGUGCUGGAGAGUCCGGCCAUUCCGUUCAGGAAUAUCUCAAAUUUAAAGAUUUGGUGCUGAAAAUGCUGGUAUACAACCCAAAGAAGAGAAUCACUCCACUUGAUGCUCUGCAACACAGUUUCUUCAAGAAGACAACCGACGAAGCAAUAAACACAGCAAGUAGUGGCAUGGAAACUGAUCAGAUUGUUCCGGUUUCUGGUCACAUGGAUUGUGAUGAUGAGAGCCGUGCUGCACGUGCAAGUGGUCUCACAAGUCAGCUUAAUCUGGGAAGUGAUAAAGAAAUGUCUUUGUCUCCACCUACACGUGAUCGAGGACUAUUGCAACGGAUGGUAGUCGAUUUAGACAGUAAAUCACAACGUCAAACAAGCAAAUCGGAUCAACCAACUUCUUCUCUUAGAGUAGAACAAACACAUAAUAGUGGUCAACAAAUAGGUCAGGCAGUCGGUGAUGAUCAAGAUCAUUUAUCACCGAUGGCUGGAGUUGUAGUACAGCAAUGAUGGUUGGUCAUGUAGCACUUUCUGUGUAUAUACUGCACAUGUACACGUGUAUAUCUGAAGUUUAUUAAGAAUUAUUAUUAUAAAAAAUCAAUAUUAUCUAA